AUGGAUGCUUAUAUUAAAUGCGGAGGAUGUAGUCAUUUUUAUAACCUAUCUUAGAGAAGACCUAUGAUUUUAUCUUGUGGAGACACAGUUUGCAAUCAAUGCAUACAAUUUCAAAUAUCGACUUAGGGUUCUUUGAAAAAAUGUCCAGUAGAUGAUACUUGCUAGUCGGUGGAGGGUUCUCAAAUAAUUCCAGUAAAAUAAUUGAUGAAUAAUCUUGACAAACUGAAUACUAUCAACAUUAAUUGUGAUACUCAUUCUGAAAAAAUGGUUAAAAGGUAUUGCUAAACAACACACAAAUUGUUGUGUAGCACCUGCUAAACUAACUGCCUUUGUCUUGAUCAUAAAAGUGCAGACCACCAGCAUUUUAAGAGAAAAGAUUUGGAAAAGUUAAUCCAACAAAAAAUUCCAAAACUAUAAAAUCUAAUUGAAAGAAUUGAAGUCAUUAUUCAUAGACUCUAAUAAUAUCUGAACAAAGAUAUGAUGUUUAAGGCUAGUGAAUUCCUUGGCCUGAUUGAUCAAAUUAAUUAAUUACUGGAUCCAGAUUAGUUAUAAGAAGAUCUGGGUUUAUUCAAUAUUAAUUAGAAAUCACAUGAAUCAAAAAUUGAAAAUCUUUAAAAUAUACAAAUUCUUAAGAUGCAAAAUGAACAAAGUAUCAAGUAUUCGUAUGAAGAUAUACUAUAACUAAUUGAAAAAGAUAUGCCACAACAUUUCAGGGGAUUAGUUGACAUUCAUUUACAAUCUUUAAAAAAUUCAGAUAUCAAAGGCUUUAAUAAACUUCUACCUCUAAAUGGCUAAACCAGACUCAUUUAUAAAGCUACAAUAGAUGGAUUUUAAGCCACUAAUUUUCAUUAAAAAUGCGAUAGUCAAGGACCAACAAUUUCAUUCAUAUAGAGUGAGCAUGGCCAAGUAUUCGGAGGCUAUACAUCUAUCCCUUGGACAUCAUCAUUGUAGAAAAACAUUACUGAUAAUGAUGCAUUUAUUUUUAGUUUGAGCAAGAACACUCUGCAUAAAUAAUAUCAAAACUAUGAUCAUGCAGUAUUACAUCACAACGGCUAUUUGAUGGUGUUUGGCAGUAGUUUUCCUGAUAUUUGGAUAAAAAAUGAUUGCAAUAUUAACACAAUCAGUUUAUGUAAUAUAGGCCAUACAUACUUGCCUCCAUAAGGCUUAAGUUUUAAUGAUUAAUAAAUCAAUUGA